AUGAACAAAGAGGAAUGUUGGAAAUGGCACUCUGUGGAUGACAGGAGCGGCGGGUACUCUGUGGAUGACAGGAGCGGCGGGUACUCUGUGGAUGACAGGAGCAGCGAGUACUCUGUGGAUGACAGGAGCGGCGGGUACUCUGUGGAUGACAGGAGCGGCGGGUACUCUGUGGAUGACAGGAGCGGCGGGUACUCUGUGGAUGACAGGAGCAGCGGGUACUCUGUGGAUGACAAGUACAGCGGGUACUCUGUGGAUGACAGGAGCGGCAGGUACUCUGUGGAUGACAGGAGCGGCGGGUACUCAGUGGAUGACAGGAGCAGCGGGUACUCUGCGGAUGGCAGGAGCGGCGGGUACUCUGUGGAUGACAGGAGCAGCGGGUACUCUGCGGAUGACAGGAGCGGCGGGUACUCUGCGGAUGACAGAAGCGGCGGGUACUCUGUGGAUGACAGGAGCGGCAGGUACUCUGUGGAUGACAGGAGCGGCGGGUACUCUGCGGAUGACAGGAGCGGCGGGUACUCUGUGGAUGACAGGAGCGGCGGGUACUCUGUGGAUGACAGGAGCGGCGGGUACUCAGUGGAUGACAGGAGCGGCGGGUACUCUGCGGAUGACAGGAGCGGCGGGUACUCUGUGGAUGACAGGAGCGGCGGGUACUCUGUGGAUGACAGGAGCAGCGGGUACUCUGCGGAUGGCAGGAGCGGCGGGUACUCUGCGGAUGACAGGAGCAGCGGGUACUCUGUGGAUGACAGGAGCGGCAGGUACUCUGUGGAUGACAGGAGCGGCAGGUACUCUGUGGAUGACAGGAGCGGCGUGUACUCUGUGGAUGACAGGAGCAGCGGGUACUCUGUGGAUGACAGGAGCGGCGGGUACUCUGUGGAUGACAGGAUCAGCGGAUACUCUGUGGAUGACAGGAGCGGCGGGUACUCUGCGGAUGACAGGAGCAGCGGGUACUCUGUGGAUGACAGGAGCAGCGGGUACUCUGUGGAUGACAAGUACAGCGGGUACUCUGUGGAUGACAGGAGCGGCAGGUACUCUGUGGAUGACAGGAGCGGCGGGUACUCAGUGGAUGACAGGAGCAGCGGGUACUCUGCGGAUGGCAGGAGCGGCGGGUACUCUGCGGAUGACAGGAGCAGCGGGUACUCUGCGGAUGACAGGAGCGGCGGGUACUCUGCGGAUGACAGGAGCGGCGGGUACUCUGUGGAUGACAUGAGCGGCAGGUACUCUGUGGAUGACAGGAGCGGCGGGUACUCUGCGGAUGACAGGAGCGGCGGGUACUCUGUGGAUGACAGGAGCGGCGGGUACUCUGUGGAUGACAGGAGCGGCGGGUACUCAGUGGAUGACAGGAGCGGCGGGUACUCUGCGGAUGACAGGAGCGGCGGGUACUCUGUGGAUGACAGGAGCGGCGGGUACUCUGUGGAUGACAGGAGCGGCAGGUACUCUGUGGAUGACAGGAGCGGCGGGUACUCUGUGGAUGACUGGAGCGGCGGGUACUCUGUGGAUGACAGGAGCGGCGGGUACUCUGUGGAUGACAGGAGCGGAGGGUACUCUGUGGAUGACAGGAGCGGCGGGUACUCUGUGGAUGACAGGAGCGGCGGGUACUCUGCGGAUGACAGGAGCGGCGGGUACUCUGCGGAUGACAGGAGCGGCAGGUACUCUGCGGAUGACAGGAGCAGCGGGUACUCUGCGGAUGACAGGAGCAGCGGGUACUCUGCGGAUGACAGGAGCAGCGGGUACUCUGUGGAUGACAGGAGCAGCGGGUACUCUGCGGAUGACAGGAGCAGCGAGUACUCUGUGGAUGACAGGAGCGGCGGGUACUCUGCGGAUGACAGGAGCAGCGGGUACUCUGUGGAUGACAGGAGCAGCGAGUACUCUGUGGAUGACAGGAGCGGCGGGUACUCUGUGGAUGAUAGGAGCGGCGGGUACUCUGUGGAUGACAGGAGCGGCGUGAACUCUGUGGAUGACAGGAGCAGCGGGUACUCUGUGGAUGACAGGAGCGGCGGGUACUCUGUGGAUGACAGGAUCAGCGGGUACUCUGUGGAUGACAGGAGCGGCGGGUACUCUGCGGAUGACAGGAGCAGCGGGUACUCUGUGGAUGACAGGAGCAGCGGGUACUCUGUGGAUGACAAGUACAGCGGGUACUCUGUGGAUGGCAGGAGCGGCGGGUACUCUGGGGAUGACAAGUACAGCGGGUACUCUGCGGAUGACAAGAGUAGCUGGUACUCUGGGGAUGAUUGA